AUGGACCUGAUUUGUAAGACAGUUACCCUCUUUCUGUUGGUUUCUCUCAGCCUUGGCAUAGAUGGGGAGUUGGCUCAGAAUUUUAUCACCAUUGCUGGGCCUCUACCCAGUGAGCUGGCAGAGAGGUUGGGCCUGCAGGACCAGGUCCUGCCCGAGGACCAGCAGGGCCCUGCCGUGGCCGAAGCCCAGGGUUACCUGUGCCAGCCAGACCUCAUGGCCUCCGAGCUGCCCCGGUACUUGAGGCAGCUCCGGGAGCUGGGGGUGACGCACUACAGGCUCCUCCUGCCGUGGGCCCGUGUCCUUCCCUCGGGCAGCGCCAUGGCGCCGGAUGGAGCCCAGGUGCGCUGCCACCGGCAGCUGCUGGAGGCCCUGGCUGCCGCGGGGCUCAGAGCCGUGCUGCUCCUGCACCGCGGCCGCCUCCCCGGCGCUGUGGCUGCGCAGGCCGGCGGCAGGAGAGCCAGGGCUUUUUCUGAGCUUUUUGUGGAGUAUGCAGAUUUCAGCUUCCGUGCCUUUGGGGACCUGGUGGAUGUGUGGCUCUCCUUCAGUGACCUGCCAGAGGUCCUUCAAAGCCUGCCCUACGCUGAGCCCCAGGAACGAGUCCAGGCCCUGGUUGCGGCUCAUGAAGGAUUUUACUCCAUGCUCCAUGAGAAAGUCUCACCAGCAGGUAGAAAGCUGUCCAUUGCUUUGGAAAUGGAUGAUGUCUUGGACAGUGCUUCAUCAGAAUUGCUUUCACUUUCUCUUCAGGAUUCAGUAGACUUUGUGUCUCUUAAACUUCAGUACCAUUGUGGAAAUGAAACGGAUUUCUACAAGAAAUUGAGUGAAUUCCAGAGUAUCUGGAAAGACAAAGACAUCUUGGUUUUUAGUUUAAAGGUCCUUGACUGUGCCUCCAUGGAAGAGCAUCCUUUCAUACCAGUAGCUGCCAUUGCCACAGCUAUUAACAAAGAAGCACAUAUGAUUGGGUGUGACAUUAAUGAGUUCUUGGACUACUUACCUCAUGUUUUAAGUGAAUCAAAUACUCUACAGGAAAACCCAGAUGCUGUUCUUGCCCCUCGGUCCUCGUAUCAAACAGUCUGGGAAAUGUUUGGUGAACAGUCUGAAUCAGAGAGGGAUUCUUUCCUGCAAGAUGUUUUCCCAAGUGGGUUCCUCUGGGGCAUAUCCACAGGUGCCUUUAACAUUGAAGGAGCUUGGGCAGAGGAUGGUAAAGGAGAGAGCAUCUGGGACCACUUUGGGCAUGGGGGCCAUGUCCAAAUGAACCAAACAGCAGAUGUGGCAUGUGACAGCUACUUUAAAACCGGCUAUGACAUUUACCUGCUUCGGGGUCUUCACCCCCAGCUGUACAAAUUUUCUGUAUCCUGGUCUAGAAUUUUCCCUGCUGGCAUGAACAAGACCAUCAAUUCCAAGGGUGUUGAUUAUUACAACAACUUAAUUGACCGCUUGGUAGACUCUAACAUUGAGCCCAUGGUGACUCUGUUCCACUGGGACCUGCCCCAGGCUCUGCAGGCUCUUGGUGGCUGGCAGAACGAAAGCAUCAUAGAUGCUUUUGUGAGCUAUGCAGACUUCUGCUUUUCCACAUUUGGGGAUCGGGUCAAGCUCUGGGUUACAUUCCAUGAGCCCUGGGUUAUCAGCUACGCUGGCUAUGGCACCGGAGAGCAUCCUCCAGGAAUCACUGACCCAGGAGCAGCAUCUUACAAGGUAGGGCACAGGAAUAAUUAGGAUCCUGAAGCUACUCUUGUUGGGUUGUUUUCCAUGCUGGUUCUGUGCUUUAACUUGUUCAAAUCUAAUGUGGCCUCUGAGACAACUAUUUGGUUGCUGGAUUUAUGAUACUUCUUAAAAUCGAGUUAGUUAACAGAGGCCAGAUGUUAUUUUAUUUUUCUAUUCUGAAAGCUGAUGUGGAUGGAUAGUCAAAUUCUUUUGGUAAUUCCAAAACCUACUACACUCCCUCAUCUAUAAUUAGUUUUGUCAAGGUGUUUUCUUUUGGAUAGAGAGGACGUUUUCACAUGGCAAUAAAUAAACCAAAUGCUUAAGAGGUUUUGUGCAAUGCAAUGUGACACAUUUUCCUCUGCUUUCUGCUUCCCAGGUUGCUCACACAAUUCUCAAGGCUCAUGCCAAGGUCUGGCACUUGUAUAAUGACAAAUACCGUUCUCAGCAACUGGGAAAGGUGGGG